AUGAAGGUCACGUUUUUCAUGCUGGCUGGAGCGCUGGCUUUGCCCUCGGACUAUGAGAGGGCCCAGGCGGUUUUUUCACGGGCAAAAUCGUCGUUUGUGCAGUCUUCCACGCUCAACGACCGGUACAUCAUCACUUUCCACGAGCAGCGGAUCGAUGAGAGUGCGGACCAGCUGGAGAGUCUGGAAGCGACCGUCGACUUGACCACCGCCGAUUUGCAACCUCUGGACAUUCCUGCUUACCAAGGAGCUGGCUUGAUAGGAUACCACGGGCUGUUUGAUGACUCUACAGUGGACCUGCUGCGGUCUGAUAGUCGUAUAAAGGCAGUUGAGAAGGACUUUGAGACCCAUAUCACGGCUAGUGGGCCCAUUCCAGCUAACAUCAGUUACUCUGGUGAGCCUGAGACUGCUCCAACCUACGAGUGGGGUCUCUCUCGAAUCUCCCAUAGAGAUAACCAGGUCAACCGGACGUGCCUGGUAAACUGUGAGGGCAGAAGCUACCAACGUCUCAAGUCCAAGCACCAGACAGUCAUCUACAUUGUCGAUACCGGUGUGAGAGUAUCUCAUGAGCAGUUUGGAGGACGGGCUAUUCGAGUCAAGAACUUCAACCCUUCUGAAGACGAUGAAGAUAACAACGGCCAUGGAACUCAUGUGGCUGGAACACUGAUUGGGUCUCGGUACGGCGUUUCAAACACCCAUUCAACCCUCAAGGUCGUCAAGGUAUUUGGCAAGAACGGAGCUGCUCCUGUCUCUAAUAUCGCCGCGUCUGUCGCAUGGGUGGUUCAAGACCAUCUUGAGAAUCCCGGUCAGCGCGCAGUUCUUAACUUUUCAGCGGGAGGACCUCGAAUUGCUGCCUAUGAUCGAGUCUUCCAACAUGCUGUCAAGUCUGGGCUGGCCGUUGCUGUGGCGGCUGGAAACGGACAGAGAGACGCAUGCACUUUUGGACCGGCUAACAACGGAGAAACCCUCAAGGGACUCGUGGUUGUCGGAGCAACAGACAUGUGGGACAAUAUUGCUGUGUUUCCGACCUGGUGGGGAUCCAACUGGGGAAAGUGUGUCAACGUGUUCGCUCCGGGCGCUUACAUUGACUCCACUUAUAACACCAGUGAUAAUGCAACCUUCAGCAGCUCAGGCACGUCAAUGGCUGUUCCUCAUGUGGCUGGUCUCAUGGCGUACUUCCAGUCUGUCAUCGACACUCCUCUGUCUCCUGCAGAGUUGGAGGGUCUCGUCACGGCGGUGCCUAACUACGUUAGAGGGGAACUCAAUGGAGCAGCUAAUGUCCUCGCUAAUAACCGUUUCCAGGAAGCGAAAACGAAUGUUACUUUGCCUUGGUGGAAGAGACAGGUCCACGGGCAUAGCGAGUAG